AUGUCGACCUUAAGCACCCUUCCUAUAGUCGAUCUCGACAUAUUCCUCGCUGAUCCCCUGUCUCCUGCUGCUGUCGCUGAGGCAAAGAAGACAGCCGACGCCCUGGUCACAUACGGCGCUCUCGUCAUCAAAGACAGCAGGAUCAACGAAGAAGAUAACGAGAAAUUCUUGAAUCUAUUAGAAAAUUAUUUCGCUCAAUCCGAAGAGAUCAUCAAGAAGGAUGUUCGCAAAGAAUGGGCCUAUCAAGUGGGUGUUACGCCGGAAUUAACUCUAAAACCAAAAUGCGUCUUCGAGGAAUCAUGCAUGGACAUAAUCGAGAAACUAGAUCCAAACGAAAGGCCUUUGGAUGUCUCGGGACGUCCUUCUGAUCCCAAAACUAGGUAUUAUACUGAGAAUGGUAUAAUAAUUGAAGCUGAAGUACGUCGAAGAUUUUUCUGGAAGAUGUCGACCCCUCCACCCUACGAAACGGAAUUUCCUCUCUCAAGUAUCCCAAACAUUAUUCCAGAUGCUUUCGCUGAUGUAUGGCAAACCACAUUGGAAACUUGGGGGAAUACUCUCAAAACUGCCGUCGAGAACGUGGCAGAGCUUGCCGCGUUGGGUUUUGGAUUGCCUCGCUCAGUUUUCACAGAUGCGGCCAAAUAUGGACCACAUCUCUUGGGCCCCACCUCAAGCAAUUUAGCAAAGUACGGAAAAGAAAACACGAUUCUUGCAGGUUUUCACUCGGAUUUAAAUUGCUUAACCAUACAUGGCCGCGCGCGUUACCCUGGUCUACACAUCUGGGCACGCAACACUGGCAAGCGCAUGAGUGUGAAGAUUCCUCCUGGAAAAUUCAUGCUCGUUCAGGCCGGAAAACAAUUCGAGUAUCUAACCGGAGGAUACGUCAGAGCUGGCUACCACGAAGUAGUCGUCAACGAUCAGACGAUUGAGACAAUCAAUCGCAGGAAGGUGGAUUAUCCUGACCGUCCUUUGAUUCGCAUCUCAAGCACAUUCUUUUGGCACCUCUCCUCUGAUUUCACUCUCGAACCAAUCCAUGAACUAGCCAUUCGAGUGCCCGAGGACGAGAAAGGCAAAACACAAUAUCCGCCCAUCAAGGUAGGGGCUCAAGUUCGAAACGAAGUAAAAGACAUUAAUUUGGGACAAGGCAACGUAUAA